AGUCCGAGUUUAACGCGAGUGUCGCGCGAUGUGGACAACAGAGAGAAAGAGCUCACACAUCAGGUCCAUCGGGAGAUAUUGAUCCGAUCAUUAGAUUCGGUUAAGACAUUGGCACCGGUGCUCAUAUGCGCUAUGAAGAUAUCGGUCCAAUUGUUAGCACAGGGGAAGAAGACAGAAGAGGCGGCAGAAAACAGGAAUUAUUUGACUCAACGAAUGACUGAUGAGAUCAACGAAAUCGUACGCGUCUUACAACUGACCACUUAUGAUGAGGACGAGUGGGAGGCCGACAAUCUGACCGGCAUGAAGAAGGCUCAGAACGCAAUCAUUGGUUUAUUACGAACGGCUCACGACUGGCUCGAAGACCCGACCGCUGUUAUUGGAGGUGUGGGCGAGAAGUCUUUGCGUUCAAUAUUGGACUAUGCAUUAAAAGUGGCCGAACGAGCCCUCCCUCCGGACAGGGAUGCCAUCAGAAAAAUGGUGGGCGAUAUCACGGCCACCACUAAUGCCUUAUGCGAAUUGAGAUCCGAAGGCAAAGGAGGUACCCCUCAGGCGCAGUCUCUCGCCCGAGGUAUUGACCAAAAGGUGAAGGAAUUGAAUGGAUUGGUCGGACGUGCCAUACAGAACGUGGAGCGAAGUGGUGUCCAACAACCGGCGCACACCGUCUCCGGUCGAGUAGAACAGGCGCUCAAAUGGUUGGAAAAUCCCGGCUUUGACGACAAGGGAUUGGGCUCUCAAGCCAUUCAAGCGAUUGUCGACGAGGGACGCAGAUUAGCCCAAUUCUGUCUUCCCGCUCAACGCCAGGAUAUUCUCGGACUCUGUAAUGAAGUCGAGUCACUCAGUCGUCAAUUGAAUGACAUGUGCCGUAGAGGACAGGGAAAUACACCGCAAGCCCUCGCCAUCGCUAAGAAUCUGUCUCAAAAACUCCAGGAGCUUAAGAAGCAAAUUGAAAAGGCUUUAGUCACUCGAGUGGUCGAAGAUUUUAUUGAUAUAACCACUCCUUUAAAACAGUUCACAGAAGCCGUGUUGGCUCCGGAGGGCACACCUAAUAGAGAGGCUAACUUUCAGGACAAAGCCAUCAAUUUGUCAAACUUCUCACAACGAGCGGCUCAGACGGCGAGAAACGUUGCCUCUGGAAGUGCUCCCAAUAAACGACUGGCCGAAGGGCUCAUGACAUCAGCCAAUCAUAUCGAGAGUUUAACGCCUCAAUUAGUGAGCGCUGGACGGAUCAGAUUAACACAUCCCGACAACAAAGCAGCCGAUGAACACUUUGAAAAUCUUAGAAAACAAUACUCAGACACCAUUCAAAGCAUGAGGAAUAUGGUGGACGAGGCGGUCGAUACCGUUAACUUCAUUAAAGCUUCGGAGGAUUCGAUACUAAAAUACACGGCUUUGUGUGAGAAUGCAAUUGUGAAUCGACAGCAACAAAGUAUGGUCGACAACACAUCCAAUAUCGCACGUCUGGCCAAUCGGGUACUGAUGGUCGCCAAACAAGAGUCCGACAAUUCUGAAGAUCCAAAUUUCAUCAGUCGUGUCAAUAGAGCUGCAGAUGAAUUGCAAGCGACCGUUCCCGUUAUGGUACAGGACGCUAAGAAUGUGGCCAUUAAUAUAACUGAUCCCAAAGCCAUAUCUCGUUGGAGGGAUUCCAAUAGAUCUUUAAUCAAUUCUGUGGGAGAAGUGAAGAAAGCAGUUUCCAUUGAUCCCCCGGACAUGACAUCACUCUAUAUUAGCGCUCCGGAGCCAAUCAAAGAGUUGACACCCGAAGCGGAUUUCAAUGAUAUAUUUUCUUCUUUGGAUGAUUUCAUGCCUCAAACUCAGACUCGUAUUGAUAUCCAAACUCAAAGACAAGUGCCUCAAACACAGACCCAGAGACCAGUCGUUACUUUUAGUGAGAGAACAGACUAUGCACCCCCUCGUCCUCCACCACCAAUGGCCGGUUCAGCGCCACCGAGACCUCCACCGCCUGAAACUGAUGAUGAAUUUGAAAUUCAAUUCCCAGUCUUGCAACCAAACCAACCGAUUAUGAUGGCGGCGCAUGACUUGCAUCUGGAAGUGAAGCAGUGGUCGAGUAAAGAGAAUGAGAUCAUCGCUGCGGCCAAAAAGAUGGCACUUCUUAUGGCAAGACUCAGUCAGUUGUGUGGCGGAGAGGGCGGAACCAAAAAGGAUUUGAUUGCCUGCGCCAAAGCCAUUGCCGAGGCAUCUGAAGAAGUGACACGACUGGCCAAAGAUCAGGCAAAACUGUGCACUGAUAAGAGAAUGAGAACUAAUAUUCUUCAAGUUUGCGAAAGAAUUCCAACCAUUGGAACCCAAUUAAGAAUUUUAUCUACUGUUAAAGCGACCAUGUUGGGCGCUCAGGGAUCGGAAGAAGACGACGAGGCGACUGAGAUGUUGGUCGGAAACGCACAGAAUCUGAUGCAAUCUGUGAAGGAGACGGUGCGCGCGUGUGAGUCGGCCUCCAUUAAGAUUCGUACGGAUAGUGGUCUACGAGUGCGAUGGGUUCGGAAGCAACCCUGGUAUCAGUAUUGA